AAGGGCUAAAAGGUGUAGUCGUUAAGUUAUUGUUGUUUUAUUUGCAAUGUUGAAAAAUAGUAUCAACGAUUGACGUUUUAGGGCUUUAGACCCUGUUUUUAUACAGCAAUGAAUACCUCGUGUUGUUGAUGGGGUCACGGUGGAUAGUUCUCAAAUUUUGUGCUGAAGACGCUGGCUUGCAACAGAACAUUUUUGUAAGGACUGUGUUAUUUUGAACACCUGCUGUAAAACAACAUACUAAGUGGAUGUUGUAGUUCGUGCAGGUCGAACACAACUGAGCUGCAGGGUGGAACAGGUGCUGAUCCAUGUCUGAGCAUUCGGUUAUUUCAAGGCCGGCGCUACCAAGCCCCUCUCUGGUGUGCAAAUCGAUGUAUCUGGGACCGGACAGGCUAAUAUCUCCUGGCCUACAGGAUGGAGGAUCCCCUUUGCAUAUCGGGAAAAGUAUAUACAGCACUCCUGCUCCCCAAACGUUCUUUUCUUCCCCAGGUAUGAAGACCGAUUAUGGACGUCCGACUGACUUACAGCUGGGGGACACACUUGGGCAUAGCAGGCACUGGCUUUUCCCCCGUUCCGAGUCUCAAAUAAGUCAGAUGGGGCUUGGUGUGUUCACAAACGGAAGUCCUCAACUGGGUGAUAACCAGGGACCUCCAAAGCAAAUCAAGCAAGAAAAGGACAGCCCUCCAAGAAGCGACUACUCUGCAGAUCCCAAGUAUACCCCACCGCCUGCCUUGACUCCCGGGACUUACAACCCUUCGCCGUGGAUCCCUUCCUUUUGGUCCCCUUUGAAUGCGUCUGUGGGCGCAAGUCAAGGUGCUAACAGCAAUGGCUUGUCUGACCACCAGCUUUUCCCCGGGACAGGAUUGAGUGUGUUCCCAGCUGAAGUUCCUCCCAGCUACCCAGCAGCGCCCCUGAACCCGAGCCCAAGCGGGGUACCCUCAAGCGUGAGCAGCAGCAGUUCAUCUAGUGGGGUGGCUAGCGAAGAGGGCCACUCUGGAGACAGUGGGGAUGAGGAAAAUCCAACAACAGAAGAGUUGGAAAAGUUUGCCAAAGAGCUGAAACAUAAACGUAUAACCUUGGGCUUCACACAGGCAGAUGUUGGCUUGGCUCUAGGGACACUUUAUGGGAAGAUGUUCAGUCAAACCACCAUCUGUCGUUUUGAAGCUUUGCAGCUGAGUUUUAAGAACAUGUGUAAACUGAAGCCAUUACUUCAGUGUUGGCUAAAGGAAGCUGAAAACAGUGAGAAUCUGCAAGAGAUGUGCAACCUAGAGCAGGUCCUGGCUCAAGCACGGACGCGUAAACGAAGGACCAGCAUAGAAAACAAUGUGAAGGGAACAUUGGAAAACUAUUUCCUCAAAUGUCCCAAACCAACAUCACAGGAAAUAUCUCUGAUUGCUGAUGACUUGAAUCUGGAAAAAGAUGUUGUCCGAGUGUGGUUUUGCAACAGACGGCAGAAAGACAAGCGCCUGACUCUUCCUUUUGGAGAAGGGAAUGAAGGAACAGUAUACAACUCUGGUUCAUCAUUUUACCCAUCGUCUACUGGUUCUGUCGCCCUACCUGCCCCUGUGAUGACACAGGGCUGUGUUGGAGCACCACUUGCUGCCCCACCUCCCAUUUAUAUGCAAGCCUUUCCCAAAGGCAAACUGUUUCCACAGGCUUUUCAUCCUGGUGUGUCUAUGACAAACCAUGCUAGCUAAGGAAGAGAAGGAACAAACUUUGUAAAGAGAUUUCAGCCAUGACAAUAGCCAUAUUUAUCAAAUGCAGCUGGUCUGCUCUUAAUGUUUAGACUGUAGUAUAGGGUGGGGAAAUGAACCAUGUUCCAACUAGUGUCAAAAUGGAUGAAAGUACAUGAACCAGAGAAAGUAAUUUUGACUUGGGGACAAUAGAAUUUUUAGCUUUUUUUGUAAAUGCUGUUUUACUGCUGCUAUUAAUCUGGUUGUAAGAUAACUUAAUGAUGCAAGGCACAUUAUCCCUUGAGUUUUAGAUGGUAUUUGAAGGGCUGUGUGCUUACCCAUCACACAUUCAUUGUUUGGAGUUAAUUCUGGCAUAACUUGUGUUUGGUACAGUUCUUACAUCCACCAUGUUUGUGAUG